AUGCAGGUCGACAAUGCCAAUGCUGGUAGUCCAUUUGAGGUCGAAGACCAUUAUGACCUCCCAAUCCGACAAUUGCCACCACCCUUUUAUGGUCAACCUUUGGGAGCACAUUUUGAGCCACAACAUGAGUACCAGUCUUAUCCACAACACAACGAGCCCGAGCCGGAACCCGAGUUUCCUCUUGAUAUAUACAGUCAGCUUGCCGCCUUGUGCCUCCAGGGAAACUGGAAUACACCAUCCAUUCGGCUCAUCGAGGAGCAGCAAGCCCGCACCAACAACUACAUGGAGGAUCUUUGGUAUCAUUUUCGGCCCGAAGGCGGUUACCGCCCUCGCGGUCCUCCUCCACCUUGA